AUGAAGCAAUGGCGGAUCAUUGUGAUUGUGUCAGGGUUGAUAAUUUUACUCCUCAUAGCAAAUUUCAGGUACGUUUUGCAAAUUUGUUUUCAUCUUAAAUUAAAAUAAGAGUUAUGUCUGAAUAUUUUCUGCGCGGUACAUUUUCACUUUCGAUGAAAAUUAGAAUUAUUUUCGGUAAAAUUUUCAAUCAGCCCCCAUGCCUAUAUCCCUGCUAAUCGUACAUGUAAGCUUAACUAUAAUUUUUUUCAAAUAAUCUGAAUUUUGAUAAUACUAACCCCGAGAACAAGAGGUGUACAUGAUUAAAGCGUAGAAUAUAUGUAUAGUAGAUUUAUCGUGCCGUGCGGAGAUUAUCACUGCCUUCACCCUCUCAAGAAGACAAAAGGAAGCUCUACUCGCAGGCUACGCCAAAAUCGAACAAGCGAAAGAAAGGCUCUAAUGGCUGGGUCUACUGCCUUGUUCUCGAAUUUGAUUUCCUUUUUUGACUUCAGUAUUCAGAUAAAGAAAAGAAGUACUAAGAAUAAAGAAAACUCAUCAAGAACGAGUUCAGCUGUUGCCGACUUGAAUACUACACUUCGCCCAACAGUUAUUGAAUACAACAGCACAAAUUCUUUAGGUAAGUAUCUAAAGUUUAGAGAGUAGUGGAAGUUGAAGCUCAAUCAAUCAAUCAAAGCUUAAUCUCACUUUGAAUUUCAAAGAUAGCAUAAACGCUAAUAUCUCCAAAGGAAAAGCAAAACAAAUAUAAAAUAAAUGAAAAUGGUAAUUGGAAUAAAGUAAUACUAUAUAUUAUGACAUAGACAAGAAAAAUAUUAUAUACAUUGUGACUAUAUAUAUAGAAACUAAUUACAAAAGGAGCAGCAUUUAUUAUCACAGCUAAUGCUCUCAAAUUUUUAUUUAAGAAAACAUGUAAUGACUCAGCAGUUCUAAGUAACUCUGGAAGUGUAUUCCAAUAUUUGCUGCCAGAGUAGUGAAAGGAGUGCAAACCAUAUUUGGUUGAUUGAACUCUGGGAAUACUGAGAGAGAGUGAACCACACAAAUUGUAAGAAGAAUUUCUUUCUAUCAGUAGCUCAUUAAUAUAACAAGGGGCCAGAUCAUGAAAAGACUUAUAUACAAGAGUUAACAUAUCAUGUAUUCUACCAUUGUGCAGGCUAGGCCUAUUGAUGUUCUCUAGAAGUUUGUCAUAGGAACUAUGACAGUCAUUAAAAAUAAAACAUAAGCAGCUAUUCUGCAUCAGGGAGAAGAGGAUGCAAAUUAUUUAUGAAACAGCAAUUCCGUUUAUCCAAUAGCAACCAUCACUCCCCCUAGCCUCCCACACAGGCAUUUUUAGGGGAGCUCCUCAUCUUUCAUCCCUCCCCUCAAACGCCUGCUCAUCCAAGAACAAAAUUCCUUUCCCAUUGUUUUAUUUGCGUUGUAAGUGACCAACCAACAGUUGUGAAAUAAAGUGUUGACAGGCUGAACACGACUAAAACACGACCCUAGAAUUACCAUUUUCCUUCUUUUCUUUCCUUCGCUAAGGUUGUGCAGUGCAUGGAGUAUUCUAAGAUUUGACUAAAUCUUACUUUUGCUGCUCUGAAUCUAACAUUUAUUGAAGUCAGAAAACUUUCUCAGUGUUUCAUGCAGAUCGAGUAAUUAUCAGAUUAUCGUGCGGGCAAGGUCAACUUUCCAGAAUUUGGAAAGUACAAUGUGAUUGGCCAAGCUUGGGAAAGGAAUGUUGUGUUUGGUUGAGCAGGCACUUGUGGGGAGGGAUGAAAAACAAGCUCCCCUAGAAACGCCUGCAUGGGACAGGCUAUCACUCCCCCAGGCACAGUUGUACCCUAGGCAUUUACAUGUAAUUCAAGGUCAAGUCAAGUUAUAGUUAUGAAAACCUGAGACGAAGUCCAGGGUUUGUAUAACUGUUGAGAAUUCUCCCAACCCCUUAAGUGUUUAUAUCAGGCUAUGCAAACACAGGAAAAAACUUUUCUUUUGGCUAUUGCUUGUAUAAACUAACUUUCCCAAGAAAAAACGCAAAACUCUUUGUUAUGGCACUGAUUAAAAGAGAAAGUCUUGUACACAAAGUCUUGCACGCGUAAUCAGUUCUUGAUUUGCAAAAAGAUGCUAUUCAAAAUACGGAUUCUUCUCGCUUAAACCCUCAGCUUAAGCGAAAAAAAUUGACACACCUUCUUUGUAACGAUUUUCCAAGUUUUAGCCGAUGGAGGAAUGGGUAAAUAAAGUAAUCUUGUCAAGUUUUGAACUCGAAAACUUUUUCAAAUUCGUGCUUGCGUGAUUAGCGCAUGAAAAGCAAAGCAUCUUGACACCACAACCAUGUUUACAUACUCCCAUGCAAACACUCCUCUCAGCCAAUCAGAGCCUACUAUCUUAGUUAUUUUAUAAAUAGGUAUGAGCCGUAUGGUAUGGUAUCUCAACCCUUACAUGUAAAUAGGGUAUUGUUAGCAUUGUGGUGCUGGUGUGAUCCUUAGGUAACGAACUAGCCUGUUCCAGGCUCCAAAAUAGUCGGGUCUGCAGAAUUGAAGCACAAACAAGAAAAAGAAAAUGCCUCGCCCCCCUUUUCGCGCGCCUUUCUCUUUUGCAUCAUCCCCACUCUUUCACGCCUUCCCCACUAUCUGAGAGCCAGGAACAGGCUAGUAGGGUACCUAAACUGUAUCGGCUAAAAUUCAAGUGCACAAAUGACUCAAACAUUAAUCAUCAGUUAAAACUGAGCUAUCCUGAAGAGUAUUAGGAAAGCGAUGAAGGUUUGUGUGUUGCCAUUAGAUUCUUAGUUUUUUUCCCUUGAAGAGGGUGUGAUUCUUUGGAUUUUGACUUAAUUAGGGUAUCAAUUUUGUUUAUAUCAUCCGUUAAUAGGGUCAGAGUUUAAGAACCUGUGCGGCCUGCACACACCCAGUCAAAACGUAUGGGAGUACCUGCCCUGGGACCCAUCUAGACUAGCUUAUAAGAGGCCCUGCCAGGGAGGGGUUCCAAGUGGCCCGUCUGAAUUUUAAAACAUCUCAUGUCGGUGUUUAUAAAUGCUUGUCGCUUAUUGUUGUCUUUGCUGUCACUGUCGCAAUUUGGCCGAGGGAGGUUGUCUCUUGUCGCGAUUUCAUUGUACGCGCUGUCGCUACUUUUUGGGCCAUGUCGCUUGUUGGAAUUUACCCUGGCAGGGCCUCUUAUAAGCUAAUAAUGAGUGACAAGUUUUGUUGUUGUUAUAAUUGUAAAUUGAAAGUUUGAAAAAAUUAAUUAGUAAUAAUUGCAGAAACUCAAUGCAACAAUGAUUUUACUAACCUUUUUCUCAAGCUGCUACAUUAUAGUUUUAUGCUCAAAAUUAUGCUGGCAUAAUCUGAAAGAUCAGAGGGUUUCUUAUUGUACAUGUAUAUAUAGUCAUGACAUAAACAUAAAUAUUUUCCCCUUGAAAAUGUGAUCAAUUUGAUCACCCUUCUUCAGGGCUUCUAUCAGCCAAUAGACCAUUGGUAGAGGGCAGGCACUGUGUUGUUUAAAUAGUAUUAAUAAUUAUUUCUCUUAUAUUACCGAGCAGAAAAUGCAAAGAAUGUUCCAAAUUCAAAAUGUUGGAAAAAAGAAAAUACAAGGCUCAUUGGAGAUUGUAUUCAUUGCAGCGAUUAUGAAAAGGUAAGUAAUAUUAUAGACAAACUCAUUGGGUUCUCGUGAAUGUUUGCUCCGAGUGCAUGUACGUCUUCAUAUAUAGGCUAGUUGAAAUGUUUUAAUUCAAAAUUUUUAUCAACUCCUGUGGUGUGUAAGAUACUCUCAAGAUGGAACCAGGAUUUGUAUGGUUUAAGUUGCUAUAAAAGAUCAGAAUAUGUGGCACUUUGUCAACAGAGAGGUGAAACACACCGGUACAAUGUUACCUUGGUGGAACUAACAACUGUGAUUGUCUUUAAAUAUCCCCAUUCUGCUUAGAUGUAAGGCAUGCACUAACAGUAAUUAAUAUUAGACCAAUAUUUCCCAAUUCCCUCAAAAAAAUCUGAAAAUAUUAAUCUAUUACUUUCUUUUAAUUACCAGUGAAUUGCAUCUUUCCAGCGUAAUCUCCGCCCCCCCCCCCACCCCCCAACCCUCUCAUCAUCCUCUCUUUUUUAUCCACCCCCUGUCAAGUUAAAAAUUGACAACUUGGAUAACAAACAUAGCUGAAGUGGAGUCUGAUGGAGCAGUCAACUAAUCAGUGACGAUUCAAGCUCUGAUGUUGAGGAUAUUCAACCUUGUUCCCAGGGUUCUCUCCUACCCACCCUACAAGGUUGGAGGAUAUUGACAUUGAAAAUUAAUCAACGAACCAAAUUUGGGACUUAAAAAGCCCAUAUUCAGUUUAUAUGAUAUAUUAUUAUUUUUUUUGAUUUAAUGGAAUAGUAAAACAAAAUUUAUCAGGCAUGACUUCUAGUGAGUAAUAUUUGAAAUAAUCACCUCCCUCGAAUAAUUACUUUCCCUCGAUCAUUCGCCCCCUUUUGGUGCAAAAAAAAAGAACUAACUAUUAAAUUCAAGGAUAUACUGUAUUAUUAUUUAUGCAAUUCCUGAAGUUCAAUAUUGAUGUAUGCUAUGCCCAAUUUUUAUUUUAAAGCAAACUAUUUCUGGAUGUUUAGAAUUUGGAAAUAUACAGCAAGGACUUUGUAUUUCUUCAAAUGUUAAAUUUUAUAAAAGGUUUGUUUUGUCAAUUUCUAUAAUUAUUAAUUGCUCCCUACCUGCAACUUUUUCAAACACUUAUUGUGGAUUUUCUUCGUCUAUGGUACAUGUAUAUAGAUGCCAACCUCUAAAGAUCUAAAAUCUGGAGACUACCAUCCCCCGCCCUCUCCCCAAAAAAUAUGUAAUAUACAUAUAAAUCAACGACUAAACCACUAACUCCCCCCCCACCCCCCUCCAAUUGAACCCUUAAGCCCUAAGGGUGAUCAGCACAAAAAUUUAUCCUUGCAAUAUCAAUGCUGUGUAAAAGAAAGUGGUCAUGAGAAUUAGGGACAUGAUCACACAAUAUGAAAUUUGCUUGAUAUUUUAUUAACUUCUCCCCUUUACUUCUCUUGGAAAUGAAUAGGGGCAACAAAUGAGAAUUCAAAUUUUGAUCUUAGGGUUUAAAGGGAUUGACCCAGUCCCCAGUGUGGCUUAGGGCUUUAUGUGAAGUCUUAAUGCUAGCAAAAAUCAAAAGGAGACCAAAAGGGAAUUAAGGGUAUUAUCUACUGACCCUCCAUGAGCCGAGUGUGGAUAUUAUCUGGAACCACACAUUUUCAACCAGUUAGUUUGUAUUUUUUUUUUUUAUUUGCUGUAGUUGUCCACAUGUACUUCAGUGGGAAGAAAAGAAGUUCUGGAUGUUUACGGUAAAGAUGUGCCUUUCUUUAUGCCUGUGUAUUUACCAAAGGAAUUUUGCAGGAGUAGGGGUGGGGGAAGGGGACUGAAAAUUUCAAAUGAACUGAACUGUCAUUUAUAACUGACAACAUUGGAAGGUUUGUUUCUAUAAUUUAAGGCAAAGGAAGAUUAGAUAUUAGUCCAGUUGGAAAUGUUCAAGCCAUAGCUGGCAAGAAAAAGAACAACUUCAGCUAGUUCAAUUUCCUCCUUGGUCCAGUUUUUUGUGUUGCUUUGUGUUGUUAAAUGUUACGAUUCUGAACCAUUCAAAAGCAAAGAAAAGUAAUUAAAUAAUAGUUAUUAUUGAAAUGCUCCAUGGACACAGGUGAAUGAAAACAAAACACUAUCCAAUCUUAUCAUUAUUGUAUUAUUUUUCUGAUCAAUUUAUCACGUUCCAAGGAAGCCUCCCACACAAUCAUUUUAAGGGGAGCUUUUAUUUCGUCCCUCCCCACAAACGCCUGCUCAAGCAAGAACAACAUUCCUUUCCCAUUGUUUUAUUUGCGUGGUAAGUGACAAAUCAACAGUUUUGAAAUAACAUGUUGACAGGCUAAACAGGACUCAUAAGGUUAUGCAGUGCAUGGAGUAUUUUAAAAUCUGACUCUUACUUUUGCUUCUUUGAGACUGACAUUUAUUACAAGUCAUAAAUCUUUCCCAGUGUUUCAUGGAGAUCAAGUAAUAUUAUCAGGUUACCCUGCAGUCAAGGUCAACCUUCCAGAAUUUGGAAGGUACAGUGUGAAUGGCUAAUCUUGGGAAAGGAAUGUUGUUCUCGGUUGAGCAUGCGUUUACAGGGAGGGACAAAAUACAAGCUCCCCUAAAAAUGCCUGCGUUGGAGGGUAGUUCCAAGGGGCCCUCUCCUACUCAUUCCACUCGUCCUCCAAAAGAGGCAGGAUGCUCUGUUGAUGAGCAGGAAGUUGUUUUCUGGUUCUUAAGUCACUGACAAAACUAUAAGAAUGCUUACUAAAAUAACUAGCGUUAUUUCCACACUGGAGGGAAACACAAGCAUGGCCGCCUGCCGAAUUUAAGACUGUGCUGCGAAACACUGUGCAUAAUCCCUAAGUACAAAUUUUUGUGUGUCUCUACAGGGCUUGAUGCUUUUAGGGCUGAUUUGCUCUUCUUUGCUGGUGUGGUACAGACAAAGACAGCUCGACAAAGUGUUUUAUCAGAAACUUCAAAGACAAGUGGAGAGUGACACUAUAUAA